AUGCUUUUAAUGAAUGAUGGUGGAUUUGAUGAUAUUAAUGGAUCUUAUGUUGAUAGCAACAAUAAUAAUAACAAUAACAAUAACAAUAACAAUAACUUCACUUAUAGCAAUAACAAUAUUAAUUAUAAUAAUAAUAAUAACAAUAAGAACAAUAAUUACUAUAACAAUAAUGAUAAUCUUGACAGAAUAUGUUUUAGUAUCGUUUGUAAGAGAUGGUAUCAAGAAAAAGAACAUUAUUUAGUAUUUUUACAUGAUAACAGUUUUAUAGAUAAACAAUGUCUAAAUGUAGAUAAUAACUAUUUAAAUUGUUUUAAAUCUUUUCAAAAUAUUAUCGAAUAUACUGUAAAUAAACAUUUAAAUAAUGAAACUCUUAGAUUAAACAACAAUGAGAAUAGAGUAUACAAUGACACCAAUGUAAAAUUAGAUUUCUAUGGGGCAGAUAGAACUGUUUUGAAUCAUGAUAUAGAUUAUGAAUAUUUAAAAAUAAAUAUAUGUGAUUGGUUCAUCACUAAGGGUUACUUUCCUCCAAAAGUUAGAGAAUUACAUAUCGGAAUCCUGGAGAUGGAUAGUAUUAGUGGACCUGGAAUUAUUCCAGAAACCGUUAAAAUAUUACGAUUUACUCAACAGCCGGAAUAUUUCACUUUCAUUCCAUCAUCAGUAGAACUCUUACAAAUUGACAACAGGCCACUAUGGUACUACACUAGCUGUCUACACAAAUUUAAAUUUCCAAAAUCACUUCGAGAACUAUAUAUAAAUUCAAAAGAUUUAACUAAAGAUCAUCCAAUCAAUUCAUUACCAGCACACAUUGUAACAAUAAGAGUAAAGUUUGAUGAUGGUCCCCACUAUAUUAAUUAUAGAAGAUUAGAUUCUAAUAAUUAUAUUGUUUAUUCAAAUGGAGUUAAAGAUCCUUAUUUUAAUGCAGGUUUCUUACAGAUUAAUAAUAAUAAUAUUGAUAAAUCUAUUUCUUCAUUUUUCCAAAAAUUAUUUUCUAACAAAUAA